GUUGUGGAGGGAGUUGUGACAGUGUGUGACCUACGCAAAGAGUGCCCCAAUGGGAAAGUUGCGGUACGGAAUCUCACGCUCGAUAUUCUUCCCGGAGAGGGGUUUGGCUUGCUUGGUACGAACGGCGCGGGGAAGACGACAACUAUUUCGAUUCUAUGCCAGGAAUUUCUCCCCACGGGCGGAUCCGUGUACGUCUGUGGGUAUGAUGUUGUGGAGGAGAGCGCUGCGGCCCUGCAGUACGUUGGCUACUACCCACAGUUUGACGCCUGCCUGGAUUUUCUGACGGUGGAGGAGCACCUGCGGCUGUGCGCAGGACUGUGUUGCAUUGCGGAGAGACAACACGACGAAGGUGUCUCUGGGCGGUUACGUUUGUGUGGGCUGGUGGAGUAUCGGAGUACACUUGCGCACGAGCUGAGCAGGGGCGACCGGCGGAAACGGAGUGUGACGAUGGCGUUGGUGUGCGGCCCGCGCGUGGUGUUUUUUGACGAGGCCUUGGCUGGCAUGGACCCCGUUGCACGUUGUGGAUUGUGGACUAUGAUUGAAACAACGGCGAAGUACUACUCCGUUGUUCUGAUGACGGACCAUCUGGAGGUGGGGGUGCUGGUGGAUGUGGUGGCGAUCAUGGUGGUGGUGCGCUGCGGUGCAUCGGUGACAAGACACACCUGA